AUGUCGUUAUAUGUUUUUUUGUUCUUUUGUACGUUGAUACACCUAAGUUUUACCUCGAUUACUAUUGACGAUCCAAGUGAUUAUAUUAAUCUCGCUAAUGAUGCAGUAGAUAAUGCAAUCACAGCUGAUUACAAUGUAAUGCCGACAAUGUAUCUCAAAUCGUCACUUAAAUCAACACGUUCAUUCACGACCAAUGGAUCUGCUCUCUCUAUUAGCUAUGAGACCAUUUCAGCGACGGGCAAUGACACAAGUGUUAUUGUAGUUGGCAAUGGUGCUCAAUUAAAUAUGUCAUUUGUGAACAUCUAUAAACAAGGUUACUCAUCAGAUCUACUUCAAGCUAGUUUCUUUGGUGUCAAUGCAGCGAUCAAUGUUCAAAAUGGCUCGAGUUCAUACUUUGAUCAUUUGAACAUAACCACACACAAUGGUGCAGCAAAUAUUUAUUCGUAUGGAAACGGUUCGUACGUUUAUAUUGAGAAUUCCGUUCUAUACAGCUCUGGACCAGCAGCUCACGGACUUUAUGCUGGUGGAUACGGAACAAUCGUUGGAAACUACAUUAGUCACUAUUCUGGUGGAAAUCGUUGCUCAUCAUUUUCGGGUGAUUCACCAGCUGGUUAUGUUAUCGUUUCCAAUUCAAUUGCCCAUACAAGCGGCAUUGGAAGUGCUAUUUUUUAUGCUCUGGGAACUAUUACAGCUACUAACGUUAUCGGUCGUGCAGAGAGAUCACCAGCACUGUUCUCUGAUGGACCACAGAUAUCCACAUUUAUCAAUUGUCAUUUGACUGCCGGACUUCUCGGCGGUACGGUCAUAUUUAGCUCAAUGAUUCGACAAAAUGGGGCUAUGGUAAGUUUUAUCAACUCCAGAUUGACUACACUCGGUAACAUCAUGCCAGCCUUAUGGUUUGGAAAUGUAAUAGCCACUGCGUACCUCUUUAAUACCGUGAUCAACACCACAUCUGGCAUUCUGAUUACAGCCAACUAUUCACAAGUCACACAAGAAUUCAAUUACUAUGCAGGUUAUGCUGAUAAUUCAAAUCUUCUGCCUGCUAUUGUGAACGUAACUGUGGCCCAAUGCAAUCUUAACGGUAGUCUUAUUGCCUACAAUGGAAGUAGUAUUAGUUGGACUCUCAUUCAAUAUUCGAAUUGGAGUGGCGAUGCUUACUCAGGCUAUGGACAAUCAUUUAUUAGCGUCUCUCUGGAUUUCACUUCGACAUGGACACUUACAGGCAACACGGCAUUGCAAAAUAUUUCGUCGGCAGUCGUAAAUUUAACGAAUAUCAUCAGUAACGGAUACAAUAUAACUUAUGAUUCGAAUUCUACAGCAAACAACUGGUUGAAUGGAUCAAUCAUGUCACUUAUUGGAGGUGGUCAGCUUAUGCCAUAUUCACUUCUUCAACAACAACCACAAAAACAAGAGCAGCAGCAAUCAUCGGUGGCAGCCAGUUCGGCUGUUUGUUCCCAAAAGUACUUGACUUCUUUAUUUUCGAUAGGACUUCUAUCUCUCAUGAAGACAUAUAUUUACUAA